AUGAAGAGCUACAACAUACAUGUAGAAAGCUCUGUCGAGAAUUUGUUGAGUAAGUUGAAGGAGAAGAAAAAAAGAUUGAAAGGAAAAAAAGAUAUAAUAAAUGAUGUUGAAUAUUAUAUAGGAAUUUUAUCUAAUAUUAAUUUAAAACAUGUAUAUAAUGAGAAUUACAAAUUAAUUGGAAUGCUUUUAAAAAUUCUUAUGAAACAUAAAAUAUAUGUGGAGACUAUUAUAUUGGAUAGGUUAUUACAAUUUUUAAAUUUAAAAAACAUCUUAGAAAAAGAUAAUGAAAUAAAUAUAAGAUAUAUUAAUAAUAUAUUAGUUUUAAUUAAUAAUAAUGAGAGUGUUCAUUUGAAUUCGAACACUUUAUUUAAUAUAAUGUUUGAUACAUGUAUAAUGUUGAUAGAUAUUUUUGUGGAUAAUAAAAUAUAUUCUGAUGAGAAGAAAUCAUUUUAUACCUUAAAUAUGGAAAAUGAAAAGGAGGAAGAUAUAGAAAUUGAUACAAGUAGUAGUGUUUAUGAUCAUAUGAAUAAUAGUGAUGAUAGUAUAAACAAUCAUAGUGAUGAUAGUAUAAACAAUCAUAGUGAUGAUAGUAUAAAUAAUCAUAGUGAUGAUAGUAUAAAUAAUCAUAGUGAUGAUAGUAUAAAUAACCUUAGUGGUGAUAGUAUUAUAUAUGAUACAAGUAAUUCUUCUUCUGACGAUGAUUAUUCCGAAAAUAAUUGUCUUAAUACAAAAAAGAGAAAACAAAAUAUACAUGUUCUAAAAACAGACAUGAAUAAUAAUGAUGUGAUUAAAUUAGAAGAGCACAUAAAAUAUAAUAAGAAAAGAAAAAUUGAAAAGAAAACUUUUGAAAUAAAAAGUUCGAAUUAUAAAGAAUAUGAUAUAGAAAAACUUUAUAAUAUGAUUAAUUAUAUAAAUAAUAUGUUCACCUUAUAUUUAAGAAAAUUCAAUAGUUCUAUUAUUAAUGACCUUAAAAUAUAUGCUUUUUAUAAUAAUUUAUUUGCUCUAUAUAGUUAUGUUCAUGAUUAUAUACACAGAAUAAAUAAAUUAUCAAUGUAUAAUAAAAAAAAAAAAAAUGAAAUAAAUGAUCAUUAUAAUAUUUAUAUUAUUCUUAUGAGACAAUUAUAUUUGUUAAAGGAAAAUAUAAAACAAUUUAUUAUAUUAACUAUAAAAAAUAAUAACACGAGCUAUUUUAAAAAUGUGCAGAAUUUAUUUAAUAGUUACAAGGAUAAAUUAGAAGUUAAUUAUUCAUUUUUCCAAUUUUCAGAAAAUGAAAAAUUAUUAGAAAUAAUAUAUAUCAUAAUUAAUAAAAUAUCCAAUAAAGAAAAUUCAUUCUAUUUACAUAUAAUGAAUAAUAAUAAUAAUAAUAAUAAUAAUAAUAUUAUUAAUAUGAAUAAAAAUAAGAGAGAAAAACUUCUCUUCUAUAUAAAAAAUGAUAAAGAGUUAAAUGAAAAGUAUGCUUUUUUAAAUAUUUUAAAGAUCAAGGGAUGUAUAAAAAUACUCACUAUAAUAAUUAAAUAUUAUUUGAUUAAGUAUGAUAAGGAUAAUUUAAAUUUUUUACAAAAUUAUUUUCUUAUCCUUUUGUUAAUACCACAUUUUGAAUUGUCUAUAUAUAAAAAUGUGUUGAAGAAAGAAUAUAUAAAAUUAUUCCAUUGGAGCCAUGUAAUAGAUGGGAAAGGGAACAAUAAAAAGGAUAAUAAUAAAAAAUACAAACUUGCUAAUAUUAAUCAUGAUAAUAAUAAUGAUAAUAAUGAUGAUGAUGGUUAUGAUGAUGAUGGUUAUGAUGAUGAUAAUGAUAAUGAUGAUGUUAAUGAUUAUGAUGAUGAUUUUUUACAAAGUAAUAAUCGUGAUAAUCUUCCCAGCAAUGAUAAUAAAAGUCGCUUUUUUAACGAAGCAGAUAAUUCAAAGUUUAAUAUUCAUAAAAAUCAUUCUUUAUAUUAUCAAAAGUUAAAAUUUAAAGUUGCAUAUUCAUUAUGUCAUUUCGAUGAUGAAGUUACGAUAUAUAGUAAUAAAGAAAGCUUUAGUAAUAUACACAUAUUAGUUGAAUAUUCUAGAUUAGUAUAUAAAUAUUUACAAUAUAUAAAUAAGAAAAGUAAUGCAAAAAAUAACUCCUUCUUGUUUAUAAACUUGUCUUAUUUUGUAAAAUAUAUUUUUGAUUGUGUAACGAACAUAUAUUUUUCUCAAUCAUAUUUAAAUAAUAAUAAAGUUGGGAUAAAAGAAUGUAACGAGAAAAUAAUAGAGAAUAAUUCUGGUAAUUAUUAUGAAAAUAAUUUAUAUAUAACAGGAAAACCAUAUAUAAUAUUUUAUAAUUCUAAAUUGAAGAAUAUAUUUAGUACAUAUAAUAAUAUAAAAAAAAGUAAAUAUAAAUAUAUGUAUAAAAAAGAGGAUUAUAAUAAAAAUGAAAUUAAAGAUAAUGAUGAUAAUGAUAAUACGAACAGUGUAGUUCAUUUAUUUUGUAUGUUAAAUAAAAAAAAGAAAAAGAAAAAUGAAAUCAACAUAUAUUUAAAUUAUUUAAUAUUUACAAAUCAACUUAAUUUAAUUAAUAUAAUAAAUUUUGAUAUAAAUCCAUGUACAUUUAUCGUUUCGACUCUUUUUUCAUUUAUUAAAAGGAUUAAUGAGAAUUCAUUUUAUUUUAAUUUAAGUACAUUCAAUAAUAAGCAGGUAUAUAAUUUUACAAAUCAUAUAAUAAAUAACAUUCUAGAAAUAUAUAUAAAUAUAUUUGAAAUAAAUGGUUUUUUAAAUUUUAUACAUAAAUAUAUAGGAAAUUAUAAUGCUCCAUAUUUAAGACAAAUUCAUUUUUUAUUUACUCCUAUAUAUAUAAGUAUAUUUAAUAAAUAUAUGCAUAAAUUCACAGAUAAAUAUUCUUCUUUUCUAUUAUCAUUUAUUGAAAUAUAUAAAUUUCAUAUAAAUGAAUUUAAUAAGUUGCAUGAAAAAAUAUUUUUGUCAUUAAAAAAUAACGAACAAGUAUGCAGUACAAAUAAAUGCUUUAAAAUAGAAUGGGAACCUAUGGUAAAAUAUCCAAAGAAAUGUAAUAAUACAACAGAUAAUAAUAGUAAUAAUAAUAUCAUACAAAUAAAUGGUUAUAAUUAUUCAAUAUCUCAAUUAAUUCAAAGAUAUCAAGUUAUGUAUACUAAUCUUGAAACAUUGGAAUAUAUUUUGUGUUGUUAUUUAAGAUGUACUUAUAAAAAUUAUAUUACAAAUAAUUUAUUAAAUAAUAUUCAAAAUAUAUCAAAUUUAUAUAUCCAAAAAAAACAAAACAUACUUACAUUUCAUGAAUAUGUUAAAGGAAAUUUUAUUAAUAUGAAAUAUUACAAUUUUUAUUAUAGCUUAUAUGUAUAUAUUUUUUUUAAUUACACUAUAUCAAGAUUAGCAUUAUAUUCUUUAUUAAAUGAUCAAAUAAAUCUAAAACACACCAAGCAAAAUCUACAUAUUAUAAUUAAUAAAUUGCAUAAUUGUUUUGUAGAUAUACAAGUGAUGUAUGAGCAUUGUGUUAAGGAGUCAGCGGUUUAUAAAUUUUUCGACAUCCUUCAAGUGACCUUGGAGACUUUGUACUUUUAUAUAUAUUUCUCUGAUUGGCACAUCAUGGACAAGGAUGCAAUUAUUAAACAUUUUAAAGAAAUAAUCGGAGUGCUACAGAAGAACGCCCUCGAAGAAUACUCCUAUGUUAUUAAAAAGAGGAUAUAUAAACAUAUCUCAUAUUUCUUUAUAUAUAACUACAAAUAUUUGAUCAAGAUAUUUAACGACAAAGAAGGAGAUAUAGAAAACAUUUACGUUCAAAUUAUAAAAACCUUAUUUAUUGAUAUAAAUAUUAUAAAAAAUGAAAACAGCUAUUUAUUUUUUUAUGAACUUUAUGUAAACAUUAAAGAAAAUGAAAAAUUAUCUCGACUACUUACAGAACUUUUCACGUUACAUUAUAUUUUAAUUAUUAACAACUUAGAAAAUGAAAUAAUGGAUGCACAGGAAAAACAAAAAUUAAAUAAUAGAAAAAAAAUAUAUAGAACAAAUAGUUAUCAUAAUAAUAAAAAGAAACAAAUUGAACAAAUAAUUCAAAAUAUAAACAGUAAUAAGAGUGAUUAUAAUAUAGACGAAAAUAAAAUUGAUUAUAUUAAGAAAAAAAAAAAUAUAUCCAUGUCUUUUGAUAAUUAUAUAAAUUUGUUAAUAAAACAAAAUAGUUAUUACAUGUACACAAAUAAUUGGUAUGAAGUUUUUAAUGUAAAUCAAAAGAUUAUUCUCCAAAAUAAUGUGAAUGAUAAUUAUGAAAAUAAAAUGAUAGAUAUAUUUUUAAAUAAUAAUAAUAUGAAUAUAAAUAAGUAUGACAUAAAUUUAUAUUAUUAUAACAAAAAUGAACAAAAUAAUGAUAACAUAAAUAUAGAUGUAUGUAUUCUAAGCAAAUUUUUUGUUUUAUUUAAUAAUAUCGAAUAUAUACAAGAUACAUUAUAUACAUUACUUUGUAAAAUAUUUGAUAAUUUUACAAAAUAUAAUAUUUAUUUUGAAUAUAUAUUAAUAAAUAUACUAUUAUGUUUUAUUAACAAUUUACAAAAUAUAGAAAGUAGUAAGAGAAAAAUAAAUAUAGAGACAUUUAUUAAAUUUUCUAUGUUGAUAUUUAAAAAACAAAAAGAUUGUAUUAAUAAUAAUGACACACAAAAUUAUAAAAAUAAAUUCGUUUUAAAAUUAUUCUUUCAUAUAUUUUUUAUUUAUAUAAAUAUAUACUAUGAUGAACAAAAUAUUUCUAACAACGUAUCAAACCAAUUUAAAGACGAUAAAGAAAAAGACAUUUUGAAUCAUGUAAACAAAAAUAUUAAUAAAAAAAUAAAUAAAUCAAAAGUAAUUAGUAAAAAAUUAGAAAUAUCUUUCAAUUUUUUUAUUAAAUAUUUUUUAUUAACGCACAGUAUAAUUAUGAAUGAACAAGAUAAUAAACAAACAAAUAUAACUGAUGAGAAUAUAUCUUAUUUAUUAAAUAAUAUGAAAAGUACUAAUUGUCAUACAAAUAGUGAUACAAAUAAUGAUACAAAUAAUGACACUCAAAACAAUCAUCAUUUAUUUAUAAGUACUAAAACAAAUUGUGAUCAGGAAUUAUUAAAUAACAUGAAAUGUUUUCUUGAAAAAAUUAUAAUGAAUAGUAGUGAACAGAAGAAUAAUAUUAUCAUACAAACAAAUAGAUUCUUUUUAGAUUUAAUCGAAUAUGUAUUUUUUUCCUUUUCAAUCGAUAUAGAAAAAAUACAGAAAACAAAUUAUUAUACAAAAGGCGUACAAGAAAUAAGGCACAUCUUUAAUAAUAACGACAUUCAACAAAUUUUCCUAAAUGUUCAUGAAGAAUAUAAACAUUUCAUUUAUAUUGUUUAUAUUUUAAACGUUUUUAAUAUGGAAGACAAAGCGCACAACAUAAAAAAUAAAAAAUGUAUUAAAGAAAAAAGUAAGAAGAUUAAAAAGAAAAAGAAAAAGCAUGUACAACAAGGAGAAAUAAAGGAAAAGAGGGAAGAUGAAAGUGAUGAUGAAGCUGUUCAUUGUGAUGAAGUUGUUCAUUGUGACGAAGCUGUUCAUUGUGAUGAAACUGUUCAUUGUGAUGAAGCUAUUCAUUGUGAUGAAGCUGUUCAUUGUGAUGAAACUGUUCAUUGUGAUAAGGCUUUUCAUAAUGAUGAAAUAACUUCUAUUAAAAAACCCAAAAGGAAUAUUAUUAAUACCUGUAAUUUAACUUUGUUUAAUAAUUUAUUUUUCUAUAAGAACAGUAGUGGUGUUAAUACGUCAGUCGAUCCAAAUAAAGCAAAUUCAAUUAUAAUUUACGAUUUUAUUUUUAAUUAUAACAAAAUUCUAGUAGAGUGUGAUAAUAGAAAUAUGGUAUAUUUUUGUUUAAAAUGUAACGAUAUAAUUAAAAUAAUUGUUACUUUAUUAGAUUACACAACUGAAGAUGUAGAGCAUAUAUUAAAAUAUAUAGAUACACAAAUUGCUAUGAAAUAUAAGGACCAUGGUGAUAUGAGGAAUUUUUUAUAUCUAUGUAAUCUUCAUAUAAUAACAUUAAUAUAUAUAAUUUCUAAUAAUAAGAAAUUCUUAUCUCAAAUAAUUCUUAUGAAACAUAAAUUGAACAAUAUUUUAUAUUUUAUAAAUAUAUAUUUUCAUCUUAAUGAAUAUAUACAAAUAUAUUUGGAGAACUUUGAUGAAUUUAAAACAUCUCAACAGCUUUUUCUAUUACUUCAUCUUAUGUAUAAAUUAUCCCAACUUUUUACAUAUUUUUUUGUCAAGUUGAAAUUGUCUUCAACAGAUAAUAAGUAUUCAAAGAUAUUAAUUUUUGUGACCAACUAUUGUAACCUUUUGAUGAAUAUGAUGGAUACACUGAAAAAGCAUAUAAUAAAAAGUAAUGAUAUGAAUGAAAGGAAAGGAGCAUCUAAACAUUACAUAACUCAUUUUUAUAUUCUAAAUAACCCAAGCAUAUUGGAAAAAAAGAAAUUUUAUUUAUAUUUACUGGGCCAUCAGUUGUAUAACAUUCUUUAUGAAUUCUUCAAUAUAAAAAAAAACGAAAAAAUUGUAAAAUCGCAGAAAACAGUUAUGGAAGUUAUGAAAAAGAGUGGAUAUGCAAUAAAAUUUUUAUGUUCAUAUUUGGACUGUGUCCUAUACCUUGGUAACAGGAUAAACAAACUAUUAUUGAGAAAUGUUUACUUUUUUAUGAAUUUUUUAAAAAAUAAUAAGAACACUUUAAAAUUGGCUAAUGUCAUAUUUCCAAUAUUAAUUAAGGUAGUUGAUAUUUAUGAUGUCCUUACAAAAAAGACUACAUUAAAUGAAGAAGAAUUUGAAGAGAAACAAAUUCUUAAAAAUAUUUUUCAAGCGAGCUUAUCAAUUAUUGAAGAGAGAUCUAUACAAUUUUGUUUUACAUCAUUAAGUGAAAAGAAAAAAGAAUUAUUUAAUCUUCUCUCAAAUUAG